AUGUUGUCUUUUCCUUCCUCCUUAGGACUCCCCGACUCCGCCCCCCACACCUCUCCUCCCCCCUACAACGCCCCUUUGCAGCCGCCUCCUCCACCCCCGCAAGAUGCCCCCAUCCCUGGCUACAGCGACCCCCCUGCCACGACCGUCCACUCAGGCACUGCCACAUUGCCCCGGCUCGGAGGGGCUGCUACCCUGCCACGCCCUCCCCCUACAUCAGCCACCCUGCCGCGCCCGCCACGCCACCAUUCCGCCACCCUGCCGCGCCUCCCCCCGGAUCCCUACAUGCAGGAAACUCAGUUCAAUGGAGCCCCUCAGGGCUACGUCGUGCAGACUCAUCCACCAGUCGGGACCCUACCGAUCGGAGGCUAUAUGCACCCAGGGUACCCUGUCCAGCUACAGCCGUGCACGGCAUACCUUCCGGUCUACCCAGUAGGGGCGGUGAGUUGUUUAUGGUGGUGGGCAAUCUGAAGUGCUUCUUAUGGGUGUGAUCAACCUGCGGGCAACUGCGUAUAUGUGCGGCGCUAGGAAAUCAUUAAAUUCAUACCUGGAAAUGGGGAGAGAGAGCUGGAGAGUUCUUGUGGCCCGUGAAGAGACCCUUCCCGGAGCCCAAAGGCGACAUCAGUGAGGGCAGAGAAGAGGCUGGAGGCGCACCAGGGCUUUGCUUAUGCUGCUCAGCACUUCCCCCCUAACAGCUGAAAUGCGGGGCAGCGCAGCAGCCACAGCCACCAAUUUCCCUCGCAUUCUCCUGCCCACAGCUGUCAACUUUCCCCUUUCCUUGCGAGGAAUCCUAUUCGGAAUAAGGGAAUUUCCCUUUAAAAAAGGGAAAGGUUGGCAGCUAUGCUCCUGCCUCCUGCUUCAAUUCCAGUUGUGGCUAGUUUUGCUACAGUUAUUUCUGAUCUGGAUUGGAGAGAGAGAGGCAGAGAGGGCAUUUAGAGGGGGCUCCCCACUUACGCAAUUUUCACUUAUAUAUGUGGGGUGCCAGAACAGGUGGGGAGUCACCUAUAUUAUGAGUUUUUGCAUGCUAUUGUCAUUAAUUUAUGCAUUUUUAGGCACACUUUAACCUGCGUUUGUAUGCACGUUAUCUGGAUAGAGAACCGCACUGCAAAAAUCUGGAGCAAAGUUUGAAAGGUGGCUGUGUUUCAGUCUGUGUGUUGUUUUGGAAAGUGUGGUUUUUGACAGGUUUGCCUUUUAAAUUAUUAUGAUUAUAUUUAUACCCUGCCCAUCUGGUGGGAUUCCCCAGCCACUCUGGGCGGCAUUUGUGGUUGUCUAGUCGUUUCGUCGUGUCCGUCUCUUCGUGACCCCAUGGACCAGAGCACGCCAGGCACUCCUGUCUGCCUCCCGCAGCUUCGUCACAUCUAAAAACAUAAGUGAAUAUCUAAGAAACUUAAGUGAAUCAAGAUUCUUCCCCAUCCCUAGAACCCUGUCUCCCACCGGCAUCCUGAAGUGGUACAGUACUGGAAGUGCUUAUUCACAUUUAUCGUGCCAUUCAUGUGCCUGGUGCAUUACAAACAGGCCGGGCCUAUGCUUUCCAUAGUUAAAGCUAUGGUUUUCCCAGUAGUGAUGUAUGGAAGUGAGAGCUGAUCGCCGAAGAAUUGAUGCUUUUGAAUUAUGGUGCUGGAGGAGACUCUUGAGAGUCCCAUGGACUGCAAGAAGAUCAAACCUAUCCAUUCUGAAGGAAAUCAGCCCUGAGUGCUCACUGGAAGGACAGAUCCUGAAGCUGAGGCUCCAAUACUUUAGCCACCUCAUGAGAAGAAAAGACUCCCUGGAAAAGACCCUGAUGUUGGGAAAGAUGGAGGGCACAAGGAGAAGGGGACGACAGAGGACAAGAUGGUUGGACAGUGUUCUCGAAGCUACCAGCAUGAGUUUGACCAAACUGCGGAAGGCAGUGGAAGACAGGAGUGUCUGGCGUGCUCUGGUCCAUGGGGUCACGAAGAGUCGGACACGACAAAACGACUAAACAACAAACAAUGCUUUCUGAGGGGUUUACAAUAUGAAAUCCACCUGAGUGUGCUGAAUGCUUUAGGCCACCUUUGACACUUCCGGAGAGAAGCAAAAUGGAGACUCCUUCCUCCCGUGACAACGGCUUUUCUCCCCUCUUGCUUGCAGGCCUACCCUCAGGCCAACCCUCCUCCUCCACCAUCUCUGUCCCCUACACAGAUGACCCCCGGCAUCGCCAUCCUGGAACCGAGGCGCCCGCCCCACGAUUACCUUCCCAUCGCGGUCCUCACCACCAUCUGCUGCUUCUGGCCCACGGGGAUCAUUGCUAUCAUCAAGGCCGUGCAGGUGAGCAGCUGAGGAAGGGAAGAGGGGAGGUACAGGAAUCAUAGAACUGUAGACUUGGAAGGAGCCCUAGUCCAACUUCCUGGAAUGCAGGAAUCUUUCAGGGCUCGAACCCACAGCCCUGGGAUCAUGAGUCUUAUGCUCUACCGACUGAGCUAUCCGUAUAAGGCCCUGUUCAGCUCAGGACCAGGUUACUUGAGGGACUGCCUUAUCCCUUAUAAACCCAGAUUGCGGCAGUCUACAGGAGAGCUUCUCCUGCAAAGAUCUCAGAAACCUGCUAUGCAGUAACUCAGAGCAGGGCUUUUGGUGGGGUUGGCUUUGUUCUGUGGGAAAGCCUUCAUGUCAAGAUACAACCAGCAUUUACUAUCUGCAUUCUUCCGAUACCAUGGACAUAGCUGUCAACUUUCAGAUUUGAAAAUAAGGGAUCAGCAGCCUCGAAAAUAAGGGAUCAGCAGCCUCACCUGUCCUGGGGACAGUCUACGGGAUAUCUAACAAUCCGGGAUAGCAGCGGGAAGCAGCGGGAAACGGUGCUGGAAUAAGGGAAUUUCCCGCAAAAAAAGGGAAGGUUGACAGCUAUGACUAUGGAAAACGUAACAUUCCUGUUCCAACAGGCUUUCUCAGCGGGGUAAAUGGGUCUUUACCACAAGUGUCUACUUUGUUGGGGUUUCAGUCUUAUUUAAAAUGUAUUUGCUAUUUCUGUGGGGGGGGGUUCAUUAGCAAACAAAACCCAAAACCUAAUGCUAUUUUAGGUUGCAUCAGCAGAAGUAUAAUGUCCAGAUCAAGGGAAGUAAUCGUCCCACUCUAUUCUGCCUUGGUCAGACCACACCUGCAAUACUGCGUCCAAUUCUAGGCACCACAGUUUAAGAAGGAUGUUGACAAGCUGGAAGGUGUGCAACCAAGAUAAUAAAGGGUCUGGAAACCAAGCCUGAUGAGGAAUGGUUGAAGGAGCUAGGUAUGUUUAGCCUGGAAAUAGGAGACUGAGAGAAGAUAUCCUAGUCAUCUUCAAAUAUGUCAAGGGUUGUCACCAGGGCCAGAUUUAGGUUUGAUGAGGCCCAUAGCUACUGCCUCUCCAGAAGCCCCAUAUGAUGUGUUUUGUGCCGUUGAACCAAUCACGCAACAUUCAUUCCCUACUAAUAAAUCCACAACACUUAAAAUAUAAAUCCAGGGACAUUAAAUGAAAUCCGGGGAAGGAUUUUGUCCAGGGACAGAUUUGUAAAUCCAGGGACUGUCCCUGGGAAACGGGGACUUCUGGUAACCAUAAUUUAACAACCUCCAAUGAAGGAGAGUCCACCACCACGAGGUAGACCAUUCCACUGUCAAAGAGUUGGUCUACAACCCUCAUCAUUCCUUGGCAGCUUAGCCAAUGGUCAGGAAUGAUGGGAGUUGUAGUUCAAUGACAUCUGGGGACCCGUGGUCAAUGAUCACAGCUGUCACAAAACCCUGCUCCAUAAUGCAGUCAAUGGGUUUGAAUAGGGUGGCAGCCGAUACUGUUGCUGCUGAAGGUUUUAAUCUUGUCACAACGGUAAAUUCUGUCCCAUGUUGUGAGCGGUAAGCCACCCUUUUUCAUCCGCAGAAGCAGGCUGAAGAUUUUGAGGAAUAUGCAAGCAGUUAAAAUGAGGAAAAAGGAAACAGUUUUAAUUCCUCAGGAACAUAUGCUCGGCGCACUCCCUGUUCACGUCUGGCUGGCACCCCUCACCUCCCACACGCGCACACAUUUUGUACUCAAGUCGCUUCGUUCUGUGCUCUGGAAAUAAUCCCGUGCUUGAGAGGAGGCUGGCAGCCAUUUUACCAAGCUGGAAGAGCGCGAGGUUUCUUGCCUCCAGCUGAGGUGCUGAGUCCAUCUCUGCCUGCCUGCCUUCCCGCCCACCCAUAAAGGAUAAAUAACAUGUAACUCUGGUGCUUGGCGGCCGCUGACUCCUACUCAGAGAGAAAAGCGUUCUGGGAACAUGCUAUGAAGAUGACAAUGUUGGGAAAGUGCUCGUGGAGUGAUUUCUAAAAGCUACAAACUGGUUUUUGCUACAGUCCUAAAUGGAGUUAACUGUGGGUUAAACCACUGAGCCUAGGACUUGCUGAUCAGAAGGUCGGAGGUUCGAAUCCCUGUGACGGGGUGAACUCCCGUUGCUCGGUCCCUGCUCCUGCCAACCUAGCAGUUCGAAAGCACACCAAAAUGCAAGUAGAUAAAUAGGUACCGCUCCGGCGGAAGGUAAACGGCGUUUCCGUGCACUGCUCUGGUUCGCCUGGUUAGUCAGGCUGGCCACAUGACCAGGAAGCUGUACACCGGCUCCCUCGGCCAAUAAAGCGAGAUGAGCACCGCAACCCCAGAGCCGUCCGCGACUGGACCUAACGGUCAGGGGUCCCUUUACCUUUAAGCUUAGGGUGGGGAACACCUUCAGGGGAGUGUGGGCAGAUGUCAGUGAUGGGUGGGGCUACAGGCAAAAGUGGGUGGGGCGACAGAUGUGGCUCUUCCCUUUGUAAUGUAGGCAACAUCCCAUUUACGCAUAGGUAGACCUUCCAAGUAUCCCUAUUUUCCAAGGGACUGUCCCAGAUUUACAGAAGCCAUCCCGGUUUCUGACUUGAUCCCAGAAUGUUCUGCUUUUCCUUAGGACAUCCCUAUUUUCAUCGGAGAACUGUUGCAGGCUUUGCAUAGGACAAGGGUUUCCCACACAUAGAUCUCUCUCUAUCCAGGCAAGCAUAAGGGAUUCUCACAGUUCAGUGACACAUUUCAGGCAAAGGAGGUCAUGGAGCAGGGCUGGUGAGGGCUGUGGCUUGGAGAGAAUCCUGAGGGCCACACAGAAAUACCCAGAGGGCCAUAUUUGGGCCACAGGCCCAAGACUCUCCACUCCUGGUCUAAGCAUUUGAACACAAUGGGGUGUGUUUCUUAGUAUAACUUACUGCUGAUAAUCAUUUCUUCUCCCAGGGAAUUGCAAUUCCACCCUCUGUGUUUAUUACUUGUCCCGGCCUCCCUUGUCCCUCUUCUUUUUAAUUUCCUUUUACACACUUGGGGCCCAGUUUCCACACCGGCAUAGUUCGCUCUCUUUCAAGGUUAAGUUAUCUGGAGCUGAGUGGCAUGCUCAGAAGGAUCACAGGAAGUUCCAGCCAGACUAUUUAUUUAUUAAUUGUUCCGUAAAACACAGGCCUCCGGACAACUCGCAGAGAAUUAAAAACAGCUUUUGAAAGUCAAAAAUAUAAAUAAAGUACCGCAAAGAUGCCACAAUAAAAUCCAUAACCAGCACAGAGAACAAAAUCCAUAGACAACCACAAUCAAUUAACUGAGCUAUUUGGAAAGCUGAAAGCAUAUUAAAAAAAUAAACAACCCUUAAAAAAAUCCAGAGGAUAAAAACAGGGACAGGGAAGAGAUGAACAGUCUAACAGAGGCUAACAAAGACAGGGAGGAUAUUAAAAGGGCCUGGGAGCUCUCCCUACCCCAUACACUCUGACCACCUCCAAGUUUAUUGCAGAGUCCUGGGGGAACCCCCAGAACAGGUAAUCCUAUGCCCUUUUAAAAUGUGUUUUUUUGGGGGGUUGUUAUUGGAUUGUUGUUUUUAUUUUGAUUAUGUAUUUUGUGGUUUUAUAUUUUGAUUUUAUUCUGUGAAUCGCCCUGAGACCUCCAAGUAUAGGGCAGUGUAUAAAUUCAGUCACUCAAUCAAUCAAUCAAAUAAUUGGGUUGUAUGUUUUGUUUAUGGGACGCAGGUGGCGCUGUGGGUAAAACCUCAGUGCCUAGGACUUGCUGAUCGUAAGGUUGGCAGUUCGAAUCCCCGCGGCGGGGUGAGCUCCCGUCGUUCGGUCCCAGCUCCUGCCCACCUAGCAGUUCGAAAGCACCCUUAAGUGCAAGUAGAUAAAUAGGUACCGCUUUAUAGCAGGAAGGUAAACGGUGUUUCCGUGUGCUGCGCUGGUGCUGGCUCACCAGAUGCAGCUUAGUCACGCUGGCCACGUGACCCGGAAGUGUCUCCGGACAGCGCUGGCCCCCGGCCUCUUAAGUGAGAUGGGCGCACAACCCUAGAGUCGGACACGACUGGCCCGUAUGGGCAGGAGUACCUUUACCUUUAUGUUUUGCUCAGAAGCCUAUUUUGGCAUUAAGCAGCACACGAAAUAACCAUUCUCCUCUCACUUCUUCAGGUGCGGACUGCAGUUGCCCGCGGUGACAUCGUAUCAGCAGAAAUUGCCUCACGAGAGGCCCGCAACUUCUCCUUCAUCAGCCUGGCUGUGGGCAUCGCGGCCAUGGUCCUGUGCACUAUCCUCACUGUAGUGAUCAUCAUCGCUGCUCAGCACCAUGACAAUGACUGGGACCCCUAG